UUUUUCGUGGCCUCUGAAUGGAUCUGUUUCUGAAAUAAUGUGGUAUACUGAAUUUUUUUUUUUUCUAUAAAAAAAAAAUACGCACAAAGAAUGUGUUGGAUUGAUUAUCCACUCUGCGUUCUCUCACUUCUACUCAUCUUUAGUAUCUUUUUUUUGCAUUUUAUUUCGUUAUAUUAGCCAUCACGACUGAGCACAGACAUAACCUCAGCAAAUAGAAAAACCAUAUUGUCCUUAUCACAAGACUCAAAUCCAGCCAUAACUUGAUUCUCCGUCAAAAAGGUUAUUCCCGCACUUCUCCAUUCUUCACAAUCAAACAUGCCGAUACCAGCUACUGCCCCCAUUGUUCUUACCACAACCACUCCACUCCCUAUCGUAUGCCCUGUUUGCAGAGAUAGCAACAGCUGCCCAAAGCACUGCUCUAACAAAGUGUUCACCAAAUCUUACGAGAUGGUAGAACGGGAACUUAAAACACGCUCCUCUGUAGAGCAACCCAAACGAGCACCGUCACUAGCCUGUAGGUCAGAGGACGAGCAGUGGGUGGAUAUCUCCAACCAACGGUUGAGGUGUACAAAAAUGGGGGCAUUAUAUCCAGGUUCCAAGUUCAAGGGCGUUCAAAAGAGUGGAAAGACCAGUUACGAAGUAGCUGUGGAGAUUCAGCAUGUUGAUCUAGCUGAAUCUUGUCUGAGUGGCUACCUUAACAUAAAGGGUCUCACUACCGAGUUUCCAGAGCUCACGACCUUUUUUGAAGCUGAGAUUAUUGGACCAAAGCAUUCAUUCUUGACUCGAAAAUGGCAAGCCGAGGAACAGUUUGAUUAUACUCAUUGGAAACGAUUCCCAGCCUUUCAGCCUUACCUGAAAACUUUCAAUCAAGAUGGAUUUGCUUACGACUUUUACGACAAGGAUUUUAUAUUUAUGAGAUGGAAGGAGCAUUUCUUGGUUUCUGACCAUCACUUGAGAAGCAUUGAUGGAGCAAGCUAUGAUGGAUUCUACUAUAUAUGUUAUCAGCGUUCGACAAAUCAAAUCACAGGCUAUUACUUCCAUCAUCAAAGCGAAUGGUUUCAACAUUUGACACUUGAACAUGUCGAAGAACGAUCUUUUGGCACAUAUGAAUUCCGCUAGAGAAAUCCGAUUGAAUCUUUCUUUUUCCAAAAUACGCUUGUUUGAUAUGUUAGCACUACCCGUCACUUUACGUGCUUGACCGCUACAAGAGGAGCAUCAACGUCCUCUUUUUAUCAUCUCUUGAAUCAAACGCAUUCCUUCUACUGUAUUCCUUUUUCUCCCUAUUAGCUUAUAUGCCCUUGGAGAUUAAUCCUGUGUAAAUAACGAAUUUGAUAUCCACAAAUGCAUUUCUUUUUCCCAGCCCAAAAAAAAAAAAAGAAAAGU